AUGGACAUCAUCCCUAUUGGCUUCGUGAAUGUCUUCCCCGACCAAGCAGACGGUCCGGGAACAAAUUAUGGAAAUGCUUGUGGCGGCGCAACUUGGCAAUCGCCAGACGGCACCAUGACUAGUGUGUACACGACAUGCUACCAGAUCGCGGAGGACAUUCCCAUCUGCCAGGCUAUGGGCAAAAAGAUCUUUGCCUCGAUUGGAGGCGCCUCUCCAGGAAAUUUCAUCGCCUCGUCGGAUUCCGCCAAAGCCUUUGCCGACUUUCUCUGGGGCUCGUUCGGUCCUCUACAGGAUCCCACCAUGGUGGAGUAUCCCCGACCGUUUGGCUUAACUACCGUUGUGGAUGGGUUCGAUUUGGAUAUCGAGUCUGGUGGUGAUUUCGGAUACGCCGACCUGGUCAAUGAGCUGCGAGCCAAGUUCACCGAGGACAGCUCCAAGACCUACUACAUCUCGUCCGCACCACAAUGUGUUGUGCCAGAUGCUCAUCUUGAUGACGCGAUCAAAAACUCCAUGAUCGAUUAUGUAUUCGUCCAAUACUACAAUACCGAUCAAUGCUCAGCAGCGUCGUUGUUCAGCUCGGGUGCGCUUGACACCACUACUGACAUCACGUUUGGCUGGGCGGACUGGCUCAAAGGUAAUUCGAUGAAUCAGGAUAUCAAGAUGUUCCUCGGUCUUCCAGCGUCAACAAGCGCUGCUAAUCCCAACUACUACCUCGAUCUUGACCAAGCGCAGGCUCUGAUUGAGGAAUAUGCGUGCUCGAGCACAUACCAGAACAUUUUCGCAGGUGUGAUGCUUUGGGAGGCGACCUACUCGGACAACAACCAGAUCAACGGCAAGAGUUAUGCUGGCAACAUCAAGGACAUCUUUGGUCAGCUCUCUUGCAGGCCACCGACAACAACCACGACCUCGACAACCACAACCACCACCACAACCUCCACAACAACAACCACUACCACAACGACGACGACUACUACAACUACAACUACAACCACCACCAGCACCAUCCCCACAACUACGCCGACGACAACAACAACAACGACGACGACGACGACGUCUACAACGUCAACUAUCCCAACAACUACACCGGAAACCACGUCGACGACGAGCGUCUCUCUGGCUGUUCCCACUUCGACCUCGUCUUCUACCACGAGCAGCUCCGAGUCCCCCGUCGAAACAACAUCAAGCACUACAUCGGUAGCUCCUGUCACAACCACUACAACCACAAGCUCUGAAACCACAACCUCAUCUUACAAUCAUGGCCCUGGAGGUGGAUCUACAACCUCGAGCAGCUCCGAAACAACCACGACCUCAUCUUACAAUCAUGGCCCUGGAGGUGAAUCUACAACCUCAAGCUCUGAAACCGCGACGACCACAUCUUAUACCAAUGGCCCUGUUGGUGGAUCUACAACCUCAAGCUCCUCAAGCAGCAGCACCACCACCACCACCACCACCACCACCACCGCUUCCAGCGAGUCCUUCAGCCCGGUCGGUAGAACCAGCUCUCCAACAAGCUCAAGCCACCCUACAACUUCCUACAGCCAUCCCGUUGAGGUGACAACUUCCUUGAGCAGCUCAAGCGCUACAUCAUCACCAGCUGAAACUACCAGCUCGUACAGCCAUCCAUAUGGUCACAGUUCCUCAUCGACUUCCUCUAGAUAUGUUGGGCCUGCCACAACUUCCAGCUCGUCUUCUGCAACCUACACAACCAGCUACCAGUGGGCAGACUGGACCUCCUCAAGCAGCAGCCCAGUUGGUGCUGUGACCACCAAAGCCUCAACGACAAGCGGUCACGUAACCUGGGGUGACUGGACCACGAGCAGCACCACCUCUAGCCCAGCUGGCGAGUACACAGUUACUGUCUGGACCACGGAAUAUACCGACAUCGGUCCCCAUGGCUUCACCAAGCAUCCGUUCCACUUGACCACCACUGUCCCGGUUUCGCCAGCAACCACCACUGCGCCCUUCGUAUGGCCGACCAAGGCCGAUGGAUGCCCCAGGGGAUUCCACACCACGGAGACUGUUUGCUACGUGUGCGGUCCUGGCAUGACGACGGUGACUCUGACAGUUCCCAUGCCCACUGCCACCGCCACCGCCGUCAUGACUCAGACUGUUGUGCCCGUCAAGCCCACUGGUGAAGCAGCAGCGCCCGAACACCCGUCUGGCACUGCCAGCACUGAGACCCCUGUCGCAGCUGCCACAGGCGCUGCGGGCUGGAGCUACUCUCAGCCUGCUGGUGGCCCAGCCAACACGGCGACCCCUGUCGCAGCGGCAUCCAUCUCGCCAGCAAGUAACAGUGGAUGGCUCGCGCCAUCUGGCACGCCUGUUGCCGCUGCGUCCUCCACCCCAGUGGCGCCUAUCAACGUCACGCCCUUCACCGGCGGCGCUGCGGCUCAGAGCCAGCUCCCAGGCACAGUGUUGAGCGUGGUGAUCUGCGCUGCUGUUGCUGUUACCGGCCUGUUCUUGUAA